CUCACCAUUUGCCGCCCCACCUUACCUUUUAUUUAUUUAUCUAUUUAUUUUUUUGCAUAUCCGACUUUCGUUUUUCCCAAUAUCUCCAAGUUUUCUUUUUGUAUUUGUUUGUUUCGGAGGAAAAGUUUGGAGCUUUUCUAGAUCAGCACGUAAUCUGCGCCAAGUCUCAGAUCUCAGGGGGACCUCAGAAAAUCUCUUUCUUUGCCCUGCACCACUCCGAUUUUCCCAAAUCCGAAUUCUUUUUUCCCGGUUCUUUUAGUUUACAGAAGAUGCGAUUGAAUCCUUCCUCCAUUUUAUUCAAGCAAAGCAAAUAUGUAAAAAGAGUUAUAAAUUUGUUCCUUUUUCCGGCGUAUAUUUCAUGCCUCUGAUCAUGUGGAGGUUCAAACCAUUCAUGCAAAAAGAGCCAACUGGACUUGAAGGACGCACUGUGGAUGUGGGCAACCUUAAAGUACAUAUCCGAAAUGUCAUUGCUGAGGGAGGCUUCUCUUGUGUUUACUUGGCUCGGGAUUUAGUGAAUAUGUCGAAGCAGUAUGCUUUAAAGCACAUUAUUUGUAAUGAUGAUGAGUCACUAGAUCUGGUAAUGAAGGAGAUCUCUGUUAUGAAGUCACUUAAGGGACAUCCAAAUAUUGUCACACUUCAUGCCCAUACCAUCUUGGAUAUGGGACGGACAAAGGAGGCUCUCCUUGUGAUGGAAUUUUGCGAGAGAUCCCUGGUUAGUGUACUGGAGAGCAGAGGAUCUGGGUUUUUUGAUGAGAAACAGGUGCUUUUAAUCUUCAGAGAUGUGUGUAAUGCUGUUUUUUCAAUGCAUUGUCAGUCUCCACCCAUUGCUCACAGGGACUUAAAAGCCGAGAAUCUUUUGUUGGGGGCUGAUGGAUUAUGGAAGUUGUGUGAUUUUGGAAGCACGUCUACCAAUCAUAAGCGCUUUGAGAGGCCUGAAGAAAUGGGAAUCGAAGAAGACAAUAUCAGAAAGCACACAACUCCUGCAUAUAGAGCCCCUGAGAUGUGGGAUCUAUUCCGAAGAGAACUUAUAAAUGAGAAGGUAGAUAUAUGGGCUCUUGGUUGCCUUCUCUUCCGCAUUUGCUACUUCAAAAGUGCAUUUGAUGGAGAAUCAAAAUUGCAAAUCUUGAAUGGGAACUAUCGCAUUCCAGAGUUACCUAAAUACAGCGCUCCAAUUACAGACCUAAUCAGAGAUAUGCUUCAAUCUUCACCAGAAGACAGACCAGACAUCACGCAGGUGUGGUUUCGUGUUAACGAGAUGUUACCGGUUGCUUUACAGAAAUCUUUACCUGAUAGGCCACCUGAAAUGCCCUCUACUGAUAUUCAUGAAGGUAAUCCAAAGGCUGCAAAUAAGUCAUCACCAAUGCCUCGUAGAAGCCCACCACCACCACCUUCAGCUGUAGAACCUGCCAGAGAUUCAUCACAACCCUCAGCUUCUUCCAAGGGAGGGGGAGGAGUGCAGCUUGGUGCUUUCUGGUCCACUCAGCAUGCAAAGGACUCGCUUAUGGCUGAGAGUAAGAGUGAACCUAAAUUUGAUGAUGGACCAACUAGCCAUAGCGUGUUGAAGCAUGAUAGGGUUCGUCCAGAUGGUCAUCCUUUACCAAAGAAUAGUGUCCUUGAAAAAGAGGAACAAACACAAACUCACACUGUGCGAAGAAACUUAAAUGCCAAUUUAGUUAAGCCUGGGGAUGGGCCUUCAAAGGAAUUUGAAACAAGCUUCUUCCAGAAGGAUGCAAAUAAUUGCACUGAGUGGCCGAAGACAUCAAAGAUUGAGAGCAAUGCAACAUUUCAAAAUGAGGCCUUCAACACUUUUGUGGCUGAAUUUGAUACUAGAAAACUCAGCUCAGGUGGUAGCAAUGAUAAAACAAAAGAGGAAGAAGCAUUAGAGGCUGAACUAGAGAAGCUGAAAGGGCAGCUGAAGCAAGCGAAUUUGGAGAAGGCUGAAAUAAGUUCCAAAUUUGAAAAGCUAUCUGCUAUUUGCCGAUCUCAGAGGCAGGAGAUACAGGAACUUAAGCAAUCUCUUGCUGCUAGAACACCAUCACCAAAUAAGGAUCCUUCUAGAAAUCAAAUAUCACCAGGAGUUCGACCAUCAGUAACACCUCCGCAAGAAAAAUCUAACUGGAGUACCCCGAGCACAGAGGCAAAUACAUGGCAGGCAUUUGCAGAGGAAUCCAAGCCACAGCAGCCCCCUUCAGUGGACAACUCUGCCAAAUCUGUCAGGACAAGAAAUGGGUCCCAAAGCAAGCAUGGUAGCGGUUUUGACUCGUGGGGAUUUGGAGCAGAAAGUUUUACUGCUGUGCCUGCUGGAAGCUCGCAAAUGUCAAGACCUAUUAGCGAAGUAAAUAAUUCUCAGAAAAUUGGUGAGGCAAAGUUUACGGACCCCAAGUCAGCUUCCCAACCUGCUGGCUGGGCUGGUUUCUGAGGUAUUGUAAGAAAGAACCCAGGCAUCUCUUGGUGCUGAUACUUUUUCACAGAAUGAAGAGGAUAUAGUAGAAAUAUAUAUAUUCCUGUUGGGCUUCGUUUGUGCUUUUGAGUGCUUGUGUUUUGUAGAUUUUUUCUGUGGUGGGAUAUUUGCACAUGUAAACUGGAAGUUGUAACUGCAAGUGUACUUUUUGUUUUUUUUUUUCAUAUCUUAAUUGUUUGAAAAGAAAAUAAUCAUUUCUAUU